AGUAAAAACACGCUCGGAUGUCCUCCAAUUCUUGUACUCUGAUGAAUGAUUGUUGUUAUGUGCAUCAGAAGAGACGAGCAGAGCUGACAACGCAAAUUGCACUCGCUCGUUCGCUCGCACUUCGAAAGAUCGUCAUGGAUGCUAAACGCGUAUAAGGUAUUUAUGCGGAUGACGACGAUGAUGAUGCUAUCCACCGUUCCCCCAAUCCGCAGAAUUGUUUUGUUUUUCAGGCCCUCAUAUUGAAACUGGAAACCCACCCUGAAGAGGAGAGGAGGACACAACACAGGCAGACAGACAUGGCCUAAAAUAAACCAAACCAAACCAAACCGAGAGAACUCUUUCUGAGUUCCCCUCCCCUCGAACACUAUUUUGCCAUGCCAAUUGAGUUCCCCCAGAACAAUCCCAUAUAAUUGUCCCUUUGCAUUCCAUCAUUCACACUCUGCUCUAAUUAUGCAUUUAUUUCGCGUCUAAUCAAUCAAUCAAAGCUGCUAUUUUUUGCUACACUUGCGGGCGGCAUAUAACAACCAUUUUCGGAUGGCUGCUGCCACCGAGGGAGACCGCAGACAGAUCAAAGCAAUUGUGUACGACGCCUCUGCCGGUGCCGCUGCGGGUGCCAUAGCAGCUACAUUUGUUUGCCCACUGGACGUAAUUAAGACAAGGCUUCAGGUCCAUGGGUUGCCUCAAAUGCAUCCGUCCGGUCGUACAGGCAGUGUAAUUCUUGUGAGCCUGCAAAACAUCAUUCGGAACGAAGGUCUGAAGGGACUUUACCGCGGACUUACACCAACAUUAGCAGCAUUACUUCCAAAUUGGGCUGUGUACUUCACAGUUUAUGGACAUCUUAAAGAGAUGCUUCAUUCAUAUGAGGAUAGCAAUGGCCAGCUUACAAUAACUUCAAACAUGAUUGCUGCUGCUGGAUCUGGUGUUGCAACUGCCUUUGCAACAAAUCCAUUGUGGGUUGUUAAGACAAGACUUCAAACACAAGGAAUGAGGCCAGGUGCAGUUCCAUACAAGAGCAUAUUUUCUGCUUUGAGGCAAAUUGCACGGGAAGAAGGAUUUCGAGGCUGGUACAGAGGCCUCCUUCCAUCCUUGGCUGGAGUCAGUCAUGUUGCCAUCCAGUUCCCUGCAUAUGAAAGAAUAAAAUUCUAUCUGUCCCCAAAAGAUAGAAAAAACAGUGAUGAUCUCAGACCACGGGAAGUUGCAAUUGCUUCAUCAUGUUCGAAAAUAGUUGCAUCAAUAUUAACUUACCCUCAUGAGGUUGUGCGAUCAAGGCUACAAGAGCAAGGUCAAGUCAGGAAUGCAGAGUUGCAAUAUGAAGGUGUUAUUGAUUGCAUUCAGAAGCUGUACAGAAAGGAAGGUAUUCCGGGUUUCUACCGUGGCUGUGCAACUAAUCUCCUGCGAACAACCCCAUCUGCUGUGAUUACAUUUACCAGCUAUGAGAUGAUACAUAAAUUUUUACUGCACAUAUCACCUCCAGAGGAGAAGCAUUUCAAAACGCAUCCAUGAACUUGAUGUGGGAAGAACAUUGGAAGGCAAGGGUGGGGCCAUACCUGCGACAUGUAAUGUAAACCUGUCCAAAGAUGGUUGGUUAUUCGUUUUGUUCCUUCUUGUAGUAAUGCAGAUAAGCUAAAAACUUGUAGGCCUCUGAGAUCACUGAAUUAUCCGUAACAACUCCGCAACUUUGCUGCUUUUGUUGUGCAGUUAUAAUGUAAUUUAAUUUGUUUUGUUUUCA